AGCUGCGAGUAAAUCCAGCGAUAACUAUCUCCUAACUUUAAAUGCCGAAGAAAUUAAGAUAUUUGAUGAUGCAUUUUCUACGUAUAUGCGGCAGUUUGGAAAACAAUAUGCCAAUAAGGAAGAACGUGAAAUGAGAAAACGUAAUUUCUACAAAAGCUGGAGGCUAGUAACUAGUACAAAUAAUAAAAAUAUGGGCUAUAAAUUAGCACUAAAUAAAUUGUCCGAUCGUAUUGACGAAGAAAUUUCGAAGUACAGAAGUCCAAAAAGUGACAAACCUAAAACCGGAAACAUACCUUUUCCUUACUCAGAAGAGGAAAUUAAAAAAAUAGCAAACACUGUACCUAAGGAGUACGAUUUGAGGGUGGAAGGCCUUGUAGGUCCUGUGUCGGAUGCGUUAAAUGAAGGAUGCGAGUCUAAUUGGGCCUUUGCUGUUACGGCUGUCGUGGAAGGUGCCCUGGCUCGGAGCAACGGAGGUACUUGGAUGAAACUAAGUGAACAAGCUCUCAUAGAUUGCUCUUGGGGAUACGGAAAUAAAGGUUGUAAGGGUGGAAGUCCUACGAAGUCUUACUCGUGGAUAAUGAAGCAUGGAUUACCCUUACAACAGGAAUAUGGCCAAUACACUAAUAAGAAUGGAUUUUGUAAUUUGCAAAAUAUGACGAAGACGUUCAAAAUCAAAGGAUACACGAAUGUAAUUCCUAACAGUGUCGAUGCUCUCAAGAUCGCUUUGAUCAACCACGGCCCUAUAUCGGUUAAUGUAAAAGGUGGCUACGGCUUGAUGAUGUAUGAUGGAGGCAUUCUUUACGAUGAAACCUGUGACAAAGAUGAUAAAGAAGUAAAGAUCCCUAUGACCUUAGUUGGUUAUGGUGAAAAAGACGGCGAUACAUUCUGGAUCCUCAAAGAGUCUAACAGUCCAUACUGGGGUAUCGACGGUUAUGUCUACAUAUCUGCUAGAGAUAAUAACUGCGGCGUAAUGAAUGAAGCUACUUAUGCUAUCGCAUAA